AAGUAUGUUGCUUACAUAACAGCCCAGUGUGGUUUCAGUUAUAAGGAAAAGAAACUCAGAAAGUCACUGACAGUGUUGGGUGAAAUGGCACAGAAAGGAGUUCAGCUGGACCGAGAAAACUUCUCUUGUUCGAUCUGUUUGGAUCUACUGAAGGAUCCGGUGACUCUUCACUGUGGACACAGCUACUGCAUGAACUGUAUUAAAAGCUUCUGGGAUGAAGAGGAAGAGAAGAAAAUCUACAGCUGCCCUCAGUGCAGACAGACUUUCACACCGAGGCCUGUCCUGGUGAAAAACACCAUGUUGGCAGAUUUAGUGGAGGAGCUGAAGAAGACUGGACUCCAAGCUGCUCCUGCUGAUCACUGCUAUGCUGGACCUGAAGAUGUGGCCUGUGAUGUCUGCACUGGCAUGAAGCUAAAAGCUGUGAAAUCCUGUCUGGUGUGUUUGGUCUCUUACUGUGAGAAACACCUUCAGCCUCAUUAUGAUGUGGCUCCAUUAAAGAAACACAAGCUGGUGGAGCCCUCCAAGAAGCUCCAGGAGAACAUCUGCUCUCGUCAUGAUGAGGUGAUGAAGAUGUUCUGCCGUACUGAUCAGAAGAGUAUCUGUUAUCUCUGCUCUGUGGAUGAACAUAAAGGCCACGACACAGUCUCAGCUGCAGCAGAAAGGACUGAGAGGCAGAGAGAGCUGGAGGUGAGUCGACAAAACAUCCAGCAGAGAAUCCAGGACAGAGAGAAAGAUGUGAAGCUGCUUCAACAGGAGGUGGAGGCCAUCAAUCAGUCUGCUGAUCAAACAGUGGAGCACAGUGAGAAGAUCUUCACUGAGCUGAUCCAUCUCAUCCAGAAAAGAAGCUCUGAUGUGAAGCAGCAGAUCAGAUCCCAGCAGGAAACUGAAGUGAGUCAAGUCAAAGAGCUUGAGGAGAAGCUGGAGCAGGAGAUCACUGAGCUGAAGAGGAAAGAUGCUGAGCUGAAGCAGCUCUCACACACAGAGGAUCACAACCAGUUUCUAUGCAACUGCCCUUCACUGUCAGCACUCAGUGAGUCUACAGACUCAUCCAGCAUCAAUAUCCGUCCUCUGAAGUUCUUUGAGGAUGUGACAGCAGCUGUGUCAGAGGUCAAAGAUAAAAUACAGGACAUUCUGAGAGAGGACUGGACAGAAAUCUCACUGACAGUCACUGAAGUGGAGCCAGAGCCAAAGACCAGAGCUGAGUUCUUAAAAUAUUCACGUGAGAUCACACUGGAUCCAAAAACAGCACACACAUAUCUGUUGUUAUCAAAGGGGAACAAAAGAGUAACGUUAAUGAAACAAGAUCAGUUUUAUUCUGAUCAUCCAGACAGAUUCACUAAAUGUUGGCAGGUCCUGAGUAGAGAGAGUCUGACUGGACGUUGUUACUGGGAGGUGGAGAGGAGAGGGGGAGGAGUUUAUGUAGCAGUCGCAUACAAGAAUAUCAGCAGAGAGCAGAGCUGGAAAAAAUGUGGAUUUGGACGAAAUGCCCAAUCUUGGGCAUUGAAUUUUUCCAAAGAUGCUUAUACAUUUUGGUACAACAACAGCCAAACUCCUGUCUCAGGUCCUCGGUGUUCUAGAUUAGGAGUGUACCUGGAUCACAGUGCAGGUAUUUUGUCCUUCUACAGCAUCUCUGAAACCAUGAGUCACCUCCUCAGGGUCAAGACAACAUUCAGUCAGCCAGUCUAUGCCGGACUUUGGCUUGAAGGUGAUGCAGGAAACUUUUGCGAAAUCAGACUUGUAUGUCUGGAAGCUCAGACAAACCUUUCUAACAUUGCAGACAGAGACACAUGUUGGCUGUGCAUGAAACUGAGAGCUGAAAUGGCAGAGCUAGAAUUUCAGAACGACGAAACAAAAUUAUGCUGUUCGAUUUGUUUGGAUAUACUAAAGGAUCCCACAACUAUUCCCUGUGGACACAACUACUGCAUGAACUGUAUUAAAGCCCACUGGGAUGCAGAAGAUACAAAGCAAGCUCACAGCUGCCCUCAGUGCAGACAGACUUUCACACCGAGGCCUUUCUUGAUGAAAAACACCAUGUUAGCUGAGUUGGUAGAAGAGCUGAAGAGGAUUAGGCUUCAAGAUGCCCCUGAUGAUGAUCACUGCUAUGCUGGACCUGAAGAUGUGGCCUGUGAUUUCUGCACUGGAAGAAAAAUGAAAGCCUUCAAGUCCUGUUUAUUCUGUCUGGCAUCUUACUGUGAGAAGCACCUUCAGCCUCAUUAUGAUGUGGUUCCAUUAAAGAAACACAAGCUGGUGGAGCCCUUCAAGAAGCUCCAGGAGAACAUCUGCUCUCGUCAUGAUGAGGUGAUGAAGAUGUUCUGCCGUACUGAUCAGCAGAGUAUCUGUUAUCUCUGCUCUGUGGAUGAACAUAAAGGCCACGACACAGUCUCAGCUGCAGCAGAAAGGACUGAGAGGCAGAGAGAGCUGGAGGUGAGUCGACAAAACAUCCAGCAGAGAAUCCAGGACAGAGAGAAAGAUGUGAAGCUGCUUCAACAGGAGGUGGAGGCCAUCAAUCAGUUUGCUGAUCAAACAGUGGAGCACAGUGAGAAGAUCUUCACUGAGCUGAUCCAUCUCAUCCAGAAAAGAAGCUCUGAUGUGAAGCAGCAGAUCAGAUCCCAGCAGGAAACUGAAGUGAGUCGAGUCAAAGAGCUUGAGGAGAAGCUGGAGCAGGAGAUCACUGAGCUGAAGAGGAAAGAUGCUGAGCUGAAGCAGCUCUCACACACAGAGGAUCACAUCCAGUUUCUACACAACUACCCCUCACUGUCAGCACUCAGUGAGUCUACAGACUCAUCCAGCAUCAAUAUCCGUCCUCUGAGCUACCUUGAGGAUGUGACAGCAGCUGUGUCAGAGGUCAGAGAUAAACUACAGGACAUUCUGAGAGAGGAACGGACAAACAUCUCACUGACAGUCACUGAAGUGGAUGUUUUACUGUCAGAUCCACCAGAGCCAAAGACCAGAGCUGAAUUCCUAAAAUAUUCAUGUCAAAUCACACUGGAUCCAAACACAGCACACAAACAGCUGUUAUUAUCAGAGGGGAACAGAAAAGUAACAGCAGUGAAACAACAACAAUCUUAUUCUGAUCAUUCAGACAGAUUCGCUAUAAUGUGGCAGGUCCUGAGUAGAGAGAGUCUGACUGGACGUUGUUACUGGGAGGUGGAGUGGAGAGUGAACGGAGCUUAUGUAGCAGUCGCAUACAAGAAUAUCAGCAGAGCAGGGAGUGGGAAUGAAUGUAGAUUUGGACGUAAUGAAAAGUCCUGGGCACUAGACUGCUUCAAAAACAGUUAUACAUUUUGGUACAACAACAUCCAAACUCGUGUCUCAGGUCCUCGUUGCUCCAGAGUAGGAGUGUACCUGGAUCACAGAGCAGGUAUUUUGUCCUUCUACAGCGUCUCUGAAACCAUGACUCUCCUCCACAGAGUCCAGACCACAUUCACUCAGCCGCUCUGUGCUGGACUUUGGCUUCACUGCUUUGGAAACACUGCUAAGUUUUGUAAACUGAAACAGACAUGUUUUUGAUACAGGAGCUGCCUUACAUCUGUAUAUUAUUAUUAUUACUUUCUGUCUGUAAAUUAUCACAAUCACUGUUGUAGCAUUUCUGCACUGUACUAGAUGACUUUUAUUUAUAAAGUAUUUUUCCACAAAAAGGUAUAAAUGUAUGAGCUUGUAUUUGUAUGUAUUUAAGUGGAAUUUAUUUAUUUGAUCUUAUUUAGUUAUUGUUUUUUUGUUUUUUUUUUUCCAAUUCAUGGGCUGGGACAGAGACAAUACAAGACCUUCCUGUAUAUAUAUUUGUAAAGAAAUGAAUUAUUUAUAUGAAUAUAUACUCAUUUUGAAUUUUAUGCCAGCAACAGCUUUAAAUCUUCUUUUAAAUAUAAUAUUUAAGAGUUUGCUCUUUAAAACUGAGGACAGUAUUUGUGUCCAAAGAAUAUUUUCUCAGGUGGUUUAUCAAGUCAGUUACAUAACAUCUCAGCACCUUGUGUUUGCUUGUUUUUGUUUUUCCCAACAGUGUCAGAUGUUUUUGAUUGGGUGCCAGGUCUACACUGCAGACAGACCAGUUUGGCAGUGAUGAUCUUUUUUCUGUGAUGUUAUACUGUAGAUGUACGGGAAGGACGUGGUGCAGCAUUGUUUUUGAAUGAUGAUAGCCUUCCUAAAAAAACAUGAACAUUUCCUUCAGAAAUAUUUUCCAUCAACCGUUAAACUAUUUGCACCUGCAGUCUUUAAAGAAGAGGUGAGCUUCGUUAUUGUUACUUUUGAAAAACUUAAACACAAAAUCUGCAUGUUACAUGUACCGAGUGAAAAUAAUCUCAUCUCUGCCAAUUGUUGUUGUUUUGU